UGGGGCGGGGCAGCCCAGGAGCUAAGAGGGUCAGGGCUAGAGCCAUGAGUGUGGGCCUGGGAUGGGCUAUCUAAGGUCCAGCUCUGGCACCAGAGCUUCAUUCUGUGUUGGACAGCAAACCGCAGAGGUCACUCCAGGCUGUGGCUCCACAUCCCGAGGAACAAAAGCGGGCCUGCUCAGCUGUCUGCAAGGACCGUUGUUCCAGACCAAGCGGCCUGCUGCUCCGAGGACUGAGCUCGCUCCCGGCUGUGACUCCACAUCCCGAGGUCGCUGCCUGGCGACCGGGCAGCGAGGACCGGCCACCCCAGACUUCGUGUCCCGCCGCCCCGAGGACAGAGCCGCGAACGCGAGGACAGCGACGCCUGCACAGCUCUGCUGAGAUGGCGGCAGGCUCCACUACGCUGCGCGCAGUGCAGAAGCUGCAGGUGCGUCUGGCCACGAAGACGAACCCAAAAAAGCUGGAGAAAUAUUUGCAGAAACUCUCCGCCCUGCCCAUGACGGCAGACAUCCUGGCGGAGACUGGAAUCAGAAAGACGGUGAAGCGCCUGCGGAAGCACCAGCACGUGGGCGACUUUGCCAGAGACUUAGCGGCCCGGUGGAAGAAGCUGGUGCUUGUGGACCGAAACACCGGGCCUGACCCACAGGACGCUGAGGACAGCGCUUCCCAACAGCGCCUCGGGGAGGCUCUCCAGGACCAGGAAAAGGCCUGGGGCUUCCCAGAAAACGCGACGGCCCCCAGGAGCCCAUCUCACAGCCCUCAGCACGGACGGACAGCACGCAGAACACCUCCGGGACAACAGAGACCUCACCCGAGGUCUCCCAGUCGCGAGUCCAGAGCCGAGAGAAAGCGCCCCAGAAUGGCCCCAGCUGAUUCCGGCCCCCAUCGGGCCCCUCCAACGCGCACCGCUCACCUUUCGAUGCCCGAGGGCCCUGGGCCGGCUGUGCCCGGGAAGCAACCCGGAAGAGGCCACACUCACGCCGCUCAGAGCGGGCCUCUGCUGGGUCAAGGCUGCCAGGGCCAACCCCAGGGGAAAGCCGUUGUGAGCCACAGCAAGGGGCACAAAUCGUCUCGCCAGGAAACACGCCCCUUGUGUGCCCAGGGCGAUUGGCACUCCCCUACUUUGAUCAGGGAGAAAUCAUGCUGGGCCUGCUUAAGAGCGGAAACCCCAAGGAUGCCCUCCUGGGCAAGUGCCAGGGACAGGCCGCCUUCGGACUUCAAGACAGACAAGGAAGGGGGGCAAGCUGGCAGCGGCCAGCGUGUCCCUGCCUUGGCGGAGGCUCCAGACAGUCACCAGAAGAGGCCUCAGCACAGGCACUCGGACAAGAAGAGGCCCAGUCUAGAUGGCCGGGACCCAGGAAAUUGGACACACGGCCUGUCCCCCAAGGAGAAAGAGCAGCUUUCCAACGACCGAAAGACUCAAGAGGGGAAGCCACCAACUGCUCAUUUGGACAGAACGUCCGUGAGCUCCCUCUCUGAGGUGGAGGAAGUAGAUAUGGCUGAGGAAUUCGAGCAGCCCACUCUGUCAUUUGAAGAAUACCUCACCUACGAUCAGUUGAAGAAGCAAAACAAAAAGACUGGAAAAUCUUCCACCACAGCACUUGGAGAUAAACAAAGGAAAGCAAACGAAUCCAAGGGCACUCGUGAGUCCUGGGAUUCGGAUAAGAAAUUGCCUCCUCUCCAGGAAAGCCAGUCAGAGAGGCUGCAGGCGGCCGGCGCUGAUUCCACCGGGCCGAAAACGGUGCCCAGCCAUGCCUCCUCAGAGCUCUGGGACCUCUCAGAGGCCUGGAUGCAGGCCAACUACAAUCCGCUUUCGGAUUCUGACUCCAAGACCUCCCAGGCAAAGCCAGAAGCACUCUCUCCACCAAAGUUAAGGCAGGAAGCUGCUUUCCCUGAACGCAGAGCGAAUGCUAAGAUGCAGGUGUACUUGGGCUCCAGGGCUGCCUGCCAGUCCCAGGUGCUGACAUUGCGACAGCAGUGUCUCCGGGUGCUUAGAAACAAUCUGGACGCCCUCAGCGACGUGGGAGAGGUCCCCUACUGGGUUCUUGAACCCGUUCUGGAAGUGGGGAGUCCUCAUCAGCUUUAUCGCAGACAGAAAGACAAUCACGCACUCCUUAGAGAGACAGACGAAUUAUGGAGGAUUCAUUGUCUCCAGGACUUCAAGGAAGAAAAGCCACAGGAAAACAAAACUUGGCGGGAGCUGCACCUGCGGCUUCGGGACGCCCGAGAGCAGCAGCUGAGAAGAGUGACAACGAAUAUCCGAUCUGCACUUGAAAACAACCUCAAAAGCAGAGAGGCAAAGAUGAUCUCUUUCAACUCUCUGGCCAAGACGCCUUAUGAUACUUCAAGGAGGGAAGAGAAGUCUGCAGGAGACUCUGACCGGGAAAAUGGAGAGAUAAAGCCAUCCUCUAAGCCAGGGGGAAGCAGCCACACUCAAUCCAGCCAGGGCAGCAGCAGCGGUGGCAGAGGCAGCAGCAGCAGCGUCCUUCACGGGCUCCCUGAGAAGCGGGCCAACCCCUGCCUGAGCAGCAGCAAUGAGCACGCGGCGCCCGCGGCCAAGACCCGGAAACAGGCUGCCAAGAAAGUGGCCCCGCUGAUGGCCAAGGCAGUUCGAGACUACAAGAGAAGAUUCUCCCGACGAUAAACUCAGGACUUGCCUUACACAUAAAAUCUGGGGGGAGGAGGACCAAUGCAAAGUCAACGCGGGUUGGGGAACGAAACUUCCAAUGGACACCAGGACCCUUGGCUGGGUGCAAAGUUGAGCCUCUGAAUUCUGCAGGUGUCAAGCGCUGGCCCUGUGAUUUUUGCCUCCCACACCCGGCCACUGCCUCCCUGCUUGGAGGACACCUCAGAAUUCAGAAGAUAUUAUGAACGCGUUCGGAUCAACUCUGCUUUGGUGGUUCACCGACCGUUUUUUAAACAACGCCCUAGUUGCCAUCAUAAAUCAGAUAAAAGGCCGGGCAUGAUCCUCUAAUCGUGAGCCAUCCUCCUCCGGGAGGCCGAGGAAAGCAGAUCGCUUGAGCCCAGGAGGUGGGGACCAGGCUGGGCCAAACGGAGAAGCCCCGUCUCCACAAAAGAUACCAAAAUUAGCCCGGCGUGGUGGCACGGCCCCUGUGGUCCCAGCUCCUUAAAGGGCUGAGGUGGCAGGAUCGCCUGAGCUGGGCAAGCGGAGGUUGCGGUGACCCUUCCUCAUUCCACUGCACUCCAGCCUGGAUGACACAACCAGAGCACACCUCAAAGAAAACUGCUGUUUGUUUGAAGAAAGGAACUCUUGGCUUUCAUACAUAAAUGCUAACAACUGGUACGUUCCUUAAGUCAAAACACUUUUACUAGAGUCAUUCCCAAUCUUUUCACCCAGAACCCCUGUGAAAGAAUGGCGACACCUUAAUCAGCUUAUUUAGGUUCUCGAUCAGGAAGUCUAAACCUGCCAACCAGAGUUUCUAAUUCCCAUGAGAUGACCGGGUUAACUACCUUGACUUCACCUCCUACCAGCUCCUGCAAGCUUUGGUGAACGUUUGCCUUCUAACUCAGGGCAUUUGUUGGCUUCACGCGGGCUGGUAGUCACAGGUCCGUGUGCCAGAUACGACACACACACAUACACACAAACAAAGACACACACACAAACGCACACACACAGGCGCGCGCACACACACAAACACGCACGCGCGCACCCCCCCCCCCCCCAUUAAGUAAACCUCGUUCUUAGGCGUUACCGACAGUGAGGGGUAGAGAGAGAAAUACAAAGACAUAAGCCGCAAGGCAAAACCGAGCAAGGGCAGCAGAAGAGAUCAAAGUCCUGUACCCUGGGCUGUCAGCAGCAUGGGGGCUGGGAAGCUCCUGGAAGCAGGCACCUGAGUGGAUGCCGGUGCACGUCAAAGGAGGCCUUCAAGCCUGAAGAACACGGAAGGAGCCAGAAACGGGGUGCCACAGAGAUGCUACCCUUAAGGAAGACAGAAAAGCAUCCGUUCCGGGGAAGGGGACAUAAUCCAGUCAGCGACCGCGUAAAACUCAGACAUGUCCGGGCACGGUGACUCGCGCCUGUAUUCCCGUGGCUUUGGGAGGUCGAGGCCGGCGGACCACCUGAGGUCAGGAGUUGCAGACCAGCCUGACCAACCUGAGGAUAUCCCGUCUCUUCUAAAAAGACGAAACUCGGUUGGGCUUGCUGGCGAGCGCCUGUAAUCCCAGCUACUCAGGGGGCUGAGACAGGAGAAUCGCUUGAACCCGGGAGGCGGGGUUUGCGGUGAGCCCAGAUCCCACCACUGCGCUCCAGGCUGGACAACAGAAGCCAAACUCCGUCUCAAAAUUGAAAAACAAAACCUCAGAAAACCUUCCCCAGCAAGGGCCAGAGACAACGCCCGUCCCUAUUUCUUGACAGCAAUUCAAGAGAGAAUCUCAGGUGGCCUGCAAAACUCACAAGAGAGCAGAAUAUCCUCCCCAAGGCAGAGAAGCCACACGCUCUCUCUGGAGGAGGUGGAGUGGCCACCGAUCACCCUGCAGCCCCUCCCCACUCCCAGCCAGAAACCCCAGUCCCUCGGAACCAAAUUGUUUUCCACUGGCAACAACCUUCCUUCCUGGAAAAUCGUUUCCCCUGCCGAAAUGGAGAACAAGCACGAAACAAGCAAACACAACUCAAAACACAAACACAAGGAAGCAAUCCGAGCAAGCUCUAGCUCCUCAUAGCUCAUCGAUGCCCCCACUGGCGUGCUACUGAAAACAGCGGCUGCACCCAUUAAACUCAUUCAUUACUGGAGAACGAGACAGACCUCAGCAGAUCCCUGCUCCCACUGCGACACACCCGCUCCAAAAGACAGAAAGGAAACAACCCCCACACAACACAUAAACCUGCCCCAGAAUAGAAUUCAGCAUCAACCUAAGGAUCCUGCUGUAACAUUGCUACACUGACCCAGGACAGCUCAAUUCUCUUCCCACCUAUUUACAAAACAAUCCUCAUUCUGGGAGCUCCGGAAGCAUGGCCAGUAUUGCACUAGGAUCCUCUUCGUGAGGUAGCCGGAAGUCUGGAAACACAGCAAAUUUACCUAUUUCUCUACACAACACGGAGGGUAAUUCUCAGAAAAGGCUUAACACCCGAAUCCUCAUACUUCAAAUGGUUGUGUUUUCCCCAUUCGGACUGAAAGGUGAGAGUGGAACUCGGCUGCCCAAACCGUGGCGCCGAUAUCAGCUGCAGGCCAGAGCAAGCCUUUCCGAGGAGAUUUUAAACAACCGGUGGGAGCAAGAUCCUGAAGCAUUUCUUCCAAGAUUGGCAGCAGGAGACGAAACCUGGCUCUACCCGGCAGGAUCCUGAAGACCAAGCACGAAGCCGUGGCUAGCAAGAGGUGGCAGUGCUCCAGCCGAAGCCACAGAGGAGCAGUCAAGAGCGGAGGUCAUGGCCACCGUUUGGGGGGGGAUGCCAGAGGGAUUCUCCUCGUUGGCUUUCUGGAGGGCCAAACCCUGAUCACAUCUGCUCACUGGCAGAGCCUUUUCAGAGAGUUAGCCAAAGCUGGAGCGGAGAAGGUCCCCACCAGAGAGUUCUUCUCCACCACGACAACGUUCCUGCUCAUGCCUUUCUUCCAACGAGGGCAGCUGGGCAAGACUUGCCAUGGGAAAUCACGAGGCGUCCACCUUACCGUCCUGAUUUGGCGCCUGCUGACUUCUUUUCGUUUCCUUGUCUUAGAAAACCUGUAAAGGGCACCCAGUUUUCUUCAGUUAACAACGGAAGAAAGAUUGCAUGGAAACAGUUACAUUCCCAGGACCCUGGGGGGCUUUAGGGAUGGGCUGGACGGCGGGGAGGAGACACUGCUUCCAGAAGGGUCUCGAAGUUGAUGGAGACGGGGUCGAGAAGUAAAAUACACCUUUUUCAUUUUUCUCCCUUAAUCCCACUUUUCUACGAAUGUUUCCAAGUCCCCUCACACGACGGCAAUCCCAGGUAAAGAGUUGUC